AUGCUGUUGAGCGGUGCGCUGAUUCAGAAAAAUAUCGACGUCAAAAUUUAUGAGGUCGACGGGAGUCUGUUCGCGGCGUAUUAUCCGGCGGAUAGAAGUAAACAUUUUUACUACUGCGAAUCGGAUUUAGGAUACGCUCAACCGAUCUAUCACAUCAAAAGGAACCGGGUCCCACUGUGCAAGGCACUGGGUAUUAAGGUCACGGCCACCGUGUUCACUGCUGCGGCGUCCCAGGCCGUCGCCAAAAAGGCGGGCUUCGUGGACCUCUUUGAGAUCACCUACGAAGAGUUGGCACGAAAAGGCUUCGAGUUUCCAGGGGUCGAGGAAGACACGAAGUCCUCAAAGCUGAUGGCCCUCGUCAUCAAU